AUGGUACGAAUCACUAUGGAAUUGUUACGUAAGCGUUCAGAACAUAACGAGGGAGAGAUAUCAACUCUGGAAGAAAUAUCGUUGCAUCAGGAAAACAUCGAUAAAAUUGAGCUAAUAAAUAAAGUUUGCAGAAACUUAAAGAUUUUACUUCUUCAAUACAACAUUAUACCGAAAAUCGAGAAUCUCAAUAUGUUGAAGAGAUUGGAAUACUUAAAUCUUGCAUUAAACAAUAUCGAAAUAAUCGAGAACUUACAGGGUUUAGAAAGUUUGAAGAAGUUGGAUCUCACGGUGAACUUUAUAGGAGACUUAAGAAGUAUCAAAAAUUUAAGAUAUAACGAGAAUUUGGAACAACUGAUGCUGACAGGAAAUCCGUGUACGGAUUACGAAGGAUACAGAGAAUAUGUCAUUUCAACGUUACCUCAAUUGAAAGAACUUGACAUGAUUGAAAUUUUAAGAUCAGAACGAAUAAAAGCUUUGCAAGUAUACGCUAGAGUAAAGGGAGACGUUAUCAGAAGUUAUGAGAAUUACAAAAAGAUAAGAGAUGCUCAAAUAAGACGACAUCGUGAAAAAGAAGAAGUUAAGAUUAGGGAAAUAAAGGAAGACGAAGAUGAAGAAACGGAAAAUGAAAGAUUUUGGAAACAAACGAGUUAUCACACACCGGAAGAUCGCGUUGCGAUUGCAGAACGUUCGUUAAAAUCGGAAGAAAAGAAACGUGAAAUUUUGGAAAACGAAAAAACAAAAGCACAUAAAUUUGUGCCAAAAUUGUUCAGUCCAAGUGGCAAGCCUUACAACAUGAAUCAUCCGAAAGUACCAUUUACAUUGAACGACGAAAAUGAUCCAAAUAACGUGAUCCUAGAUGUUGGAGUUUACAGAUAUCUCGAUACCUCGUACAUCGAUGUCGACAUUCAACCAACUUACGUGAGAGUGACGAUAAAGGGUAAAAUUUUGCAACUAACUCUACCAUGCGAGAUUCUCGUCGAUAAGAGUAACGCAAAACGAAAUGUAACGACUGGUAGUUUGGUUAUAACGAUGCCUCGUUUAAAUCCCAUGAUGAUGAUGAUACAUCAAACGUUUACCUCAAAUACAACAAAAAAUAAUAAACCUACGAGUAAAGGUAGUAAUGCUGUCAUCAGUAUCAAGAAUCGUGCAUACACAUCUACGAGAGAAUUUCUCGAGAUUGGGCCACCGAGGAACGACGAACUUGACUUUUCCAAAAUAUUUCUUAAUUCGAGAACAACGAAAGUUAAUAGAAAGUUAACGGCUGAUCGAAUCAAGGAAAAAAUUACGUCUGAGAAUUUUAUUGAUAAUCCCGAUGUCCCUCCGCUCGAAUAA